UUUUCCUUUUUUCCUGGUAUGUUUUAUUUCUCAACAUGAUGAAUGAGGAAGGAAAUAUGUUUUACAUGACUGCAUAUGUAUAAUCUUUAUCAAAUUGCUUACCUUUUUAAUGAGGUUGGAGACCAGGGUGAGUAGGAAAGAAUUUGGAACUUAAAAUAGAUUUUAUAUGUCCUUAGAAAAAAUUUUAAUCAUUAAAAAUAUUUUAAUGUGCUUAUAUGCUGAAAGGUAGAAAGUUCAGCAACAUCAUUGGUCUAGGGGAGACUGUAAACAGAGUCAGAUAUAUAUAUUGUUAAUUAUUAAGGAAAAGAUACCGGUAAAGUAUAAGUGGAUGGCUUAUAAUUCCAGUGCAAACCUAGAGUGGCCAGGCCAACUGUACUGGGAGGAAAUUUUAUUCUUACUGUUGCUUCAGAUGUUUUAGGCUUUCAUUAUUAUUACUAUUAUUAUUUUUGUAUUUAUAGGUGACAACGAACUGGGGCUUUGUACUUGUAUCUUCUUUGAUCCAGCAGAUGAGGAUGGAAAGGAACCAGGGGUUUUUAUAACUGAAAUUAUUGAAGGAGGUGCAGUUCACAAACUUGGAUGUAUCCGUGUAUUUGACCAGAUUAUUAAAAUAGGUGACAUCAAUCUAAUUGGAUUGGAUGAAGCAGAAAUCAUCUCUACUUUUAAAAAAAUGGACGAUUCUCCUUUCCAGAUUGAAAUUGGCCGCGAACCACCUGAAGUGAAGUCAGAACUUAUCGAACUCCUCGAGUUGUCAGAGGAAAGGAAGAAAUAUUUUAUGGAUUCGCUCAUAGUACAGGAAAAAAUUAGAGAUAUCACUAUUGUGAGAGGACAAGCAAGUAUUUGUAGAAGUCCAAGAGUACCAUGGUACUGGAUGGCCAGUGACCUGAAAUUUGUUAUUGGGGCACUGAAAAUAUUAAUAGAAGAAGAUCAGGGAUGUAGAAAAAACAUCCAAGCUAUCUUUGAGCAGGCUAACAUUUUUCAAGACAAAUAUAAAGACAUGAACACAUACAAAGUGAAUAUGGAACAGAAACCUGAUGAAUCAAAUAAAGAAGGCACAUUUUUACCAUUGGCCCCAGAAGAAGAAUUAUUACUAGAACAAUUUAAAAUAAAACCUAAAGAGAUAAAAAAUGAAGAUUUAUCACCAGGGCAAUUAUUAGCCCAAGGGGAUUUCAAUUCAGGUGAGAAAAAUGAGGCCCGGAGAAGAUAUUCAGAUAGUUACCUUCCCAGCGGUGACUUCAUGGCUUCUGGCUCUAAAAUCAAGGCCAAAGAGACCCAAAUAAAAAAAGAAAAAGAAGAAGAAGAAAUAGUAGUGGAGGAAGAGAUUAUUAGCACUGGAAAACCUACAGAGGGAAAGGCUAAAAAGGGAUUUUCCUGGUUCCGCAAUAUCAAAGAACGCAAGCUGUGGAACUUCUUUCAUUUUAAAAAACAUGACAAACAAGUAAAGAAUGUGCACAAGUGGGAAGAAAUUGAUCAAGAGGUAUUGGAUGAUUACUGUCCUUAUUCUACUGAAGCCCCUAAAACAUUGCCAACACAGUGGACAAAUAUUGAAGUUGGUAAUUGGUUAUGGAGCAUUGGAAUGGAGGAGUAUGUUGUAAAAUUUUAUUGUAAAGGAAUAAAUGGUGGAAAACUCCUCAUACUGGACAAUCGCUCGCUAAAAGAAAUCGAAGUCAACAGGAAGAAAGACCGCCGGAAAAUACUUAAGGCUAUUAAGAAAAUUAGAGAUUUUUUGGAAAAAAAUCAUAUUUGGGUCUUACUAUAGAAAUUGAUGGAAAGAAGACACAGAACCUGAAUGAUAUGGCAAAAAUGGAAAAUGCAAUUACUUUUGUUAUAUUGACUUUUCAUCAUUUUACUUGUAUGUUACUUUUGCUAUAUGAACUUUUAAUCAUUUUAUUACUGUUAUUCUGUUAUAAUUAACUUUUAAUCAUUUUGUUACUGUUACUUUUGUUGUUAUUAACUUUUAAUCAUUUCACUUCAAUGUUACUUUUGUUAUAUGAACUUUUAAGGGAUUUACUUCCAUGUUACUUUUGUUAUAUGAACUUUUAAUCAUUUCACUUCUAUUUUACUCUUGUUAUAUGAACUUUUAAGGGAUUUUACAUCCAUGUUGACUUUUGUUAUAUGAACUUUUAAGGGAUUUUACUUACAUGUUACAUUUGUUCUAUGAACUUUUAAUCAUUUCACUUCUAUGUUACUUUUGUUAUAUGAACUUUUAAGGGAUUUUACUUCCAUAUUACUUUUGUUAUAUGAACUUUUAAUCAUUUUAUUACUGUUAUUCUGUUAUUAUUAACUUUUAAUCAUUUUAUUACUGUUACUAUUGUUAUUAUUAACUUUUAGUCAUUUCAUUUCCUUGUUACUUUUGUUAUAUGAACUUUUAAGGGAUUUUACUUCCAUGUUACUAUUGUUAUAUAAACUUUUAAUCAUUUUAUUACUGUUAUUCUGUUAUUAUUAACUUUUAAUCAUUUUAUUACUGUUACUUUUGUUAUUAUUAACUUUUAAUCAUUUCACUUCCAUGUUACUUUUGUUAUAUGAACUUUUAAGGGAUUUACUUCCAUGUUAUUUUUGUUAUUAUUAAUUUUAAUCA